GAGCCGCAAACAGAACCGUUGGAUUUGUCAAUGUCAAGAACACAUAUGGGGAUUCAUAAAUUUGAGGAGCCACAAAUAGAACCGUUAGAUUUAUCAAUGACAAGAAUGAUUGAGAGACGGAUUGGACCAUCAGAUCUGUCAGCGCCAGAGGUAAGUGGAAGACAAGUAGAACUCAGCGAAAUUGAUCAGAAUGACGCGAGCUCGUUGAGCCUAUCAAUUCAAGAAGUGAGUAAGGAACAUACAAGUACAGGAAUUGAACCUAAGGCAUUGUCCCUUCAAAAGGAAACCUCAAGGCUGGAAGAACAUACGACUAACACACCUAAGAAGUCGUUCAAAUGCGAAAUAUGCCAGAAGGAUUUUGCUCGGUCAUCGUAUCUGAGUCAACAUGUGAGAACUCACAAACCUGAUAAGCCGUAUAAAUGUGAAAUAUGCGAGAAGCAUUUCAAAACAUCAUCGAAUUUGUACGCCCAUAAGAAGAUUCAUACCGGUGCGAAGCCGUACAAAUGCAAUACAUGCGGGAAAGGUUUUGGUCAGUUAUGGCAUCUGAGUCAACAUGUGGGAAUUCACACAGGUCAGAAGCUGUACAAAUGCGAAAUAUGCGCGAAGGAUUUUAGAACGUUAUCGAAUUUGUGUGCCCAUAAGAAGAUUCAUACCAGUGAGAAGCGUACAAGUUCAAAACAUGCGGGAAGGGUUGUUUAGUUAUCG